UACGUUUGUGCUGAACUGGAUAACAAUUUUCAGUUAUUUUCUCUUAUAUAUCAUAUAAAUAUAUGUACUUAGAUAUUAAAGUAUAACAAACUUAAAAGGCUUGAUUAUCUCUCAUUUGUUUUACGUGCUGGUUAAUCAGUCGACCAAAUUGUCAAAUUAGUAAUAUAUUAACUGUAAAUGAGUUCUUUCACUCUCAUCUGUGUUUUUGUCGUCAACAUUUUUGUACAAGGAUUGGUCAGCAGUCUGCCUGAAGAAUAUGAAACUCAGGUGAAAAACUAUCCAGACAUUAUACAAUCUAAAGAAAAAUGUCUGCCUCAACAAGGCAAUUAUGAAUUUGCAAGUACACUCGUUUGUGAUCCGGAUGGGUUGUUAUCUGUUGCACAAAUAAACAUGUUAAACACCAAAUUACAUCACAUCAGAACAUCUGUAAACUUCGACAAACCUAGCUGUGAUAUAAAUAAUCCACGGCCAGUAAUAGGAGUGGCGAUAGUUAAAAAGAUAGAAGUUGAUAAUAUGGACAAGGAUCGACUGUUGAAAUGUGCUGCAAUAUUUUCAUAUCGUCUAUUCGAUAAAUGGAACCUACCAUCUCAUUGUCAUUCUGAAUCUGGUAAAAUUAUUCUGUUAUACUCGAAAGAUGAUGGAGUGUUAUAUACAAUCGCUGGGAAUCUGCUGAGACGAAAACUUACAAGUAAACAAAUCAUAAACAUUGCCAUACGCUCUCGGGAACAAUUUUCUACCAGUAUAAGUGACGGUAUUGCUUAUAUCAUAGAGCGGUAUAGGGAGGCGGUUGAAUCGAGAUCAGCGGAUCUCUUUGACAAAGCCAAAUAACUUAGAAUCUUAAAUUCUGAUUUGUUAAAGCUUUACGAUUACGAUAUGUGCUGUUUAAUUUCAUUUUUAUGCAUGUUUUACCAUUCCUCCAUAUUAUUAGUUCAUUUAAAACUUUAUUCUUUAGAUUAAUUUAAAAAUAAAUUUGUAAUCAAUUC